AUGGAGGCUUUCGCUGAACGCCUUGGAGGGUACCAUGGACCAAUCCGUGGCAAGGAGAACGGGCCUUUUCUGCUUUGUAACGACCGUGAUGGGCGCCAUGAAGCCCUGACACCACAUGCAGGACGCUUUUCAGGGCCUCUAUGGUACAACUCGCUCUUUUGGCCCAACUUCCCGGGUUUGAAUUGCCUUGAGAGAGAAGACCAGGAGAAGGAGUUCUAUGCAAGUUUAAGCCAAGUCAAUUCAGACGGGCAUUUGGCAGAGCAGUACGUGACCUUUGCCGCUGCAAGGGAAGACCUUUGUCAUCACGGCAUCAUGCCCCAGGAGUCAAUGACGAUUCGUGCGGAGGUCAUGCAAUACGAUGGUGUCAGAGACAGCAAUUGGUACUUUCCAUUGCAGGAUUUCAUUCCCAAGAGAGGUAACCACACAGCCUACGAGAGCCAAUCGCGGCGCUCUUGUGAGAAUGGGGCGAUCACACUGGGCUUGAAUGCAGAAGACUUCUCCGACUCAGUGUUGCCGGUGAGUCAACUGCUUUGCCACAUCACAAUGAGCAUCGAGCCUCCGACGGUUCAACGCAGCAAUCGGGAGGGCCACAGCUUUGUGCUGCUAAGUUUGGGAGGUUGGCCUUUUCGAGUGCGGCGCAUUGGCACCUUUGAGGGCCUGGGUGAUCACGGCAGGGUCGAGCUCUCAUUGGGAAGUGGAGACUUCAACGAGGAGGCGCUCUGGCAGUUGCUGGGUGUGCCUGGCCUCAGUGAGGGAGAGCCAAAGGAGUGCCAGAUGGGUGGGAAGUAUUGGUGCCAGCUCUUGGAGUUGGAUUGGCUUGGGCCGAAGAAGGAUGACCAGCUCGUCAUUGACUCUGAGAUACCACUUGAGAAGGGCUACAUUUGGUUCCGGGUUCUUUGCGCAGAAAGCAGUGGCACCGCGCUGCGAGUCGAGCUGCUGGAGGAUGGUGUGGUGCCUGCUUGGCUAGAUCUUCGUUUCUUGCAGGUUUGGGCUGGCGACAUUCCCUUGGGCUACCUGAACAAGGCACUGGAAGACGUUGAGGGUGACCCAUUUUCCUGCCUCAAGGUGUUGCGCACUUUGGAGGAGGGCGCAGAUGACAGAGGAAUCCGUAAGGUCUAUGUCGAGAAUUCGGCUGGCCAUUUGGUUUUUGACGAUCCUUUGCGAUGCAGUGCGAACCAACUUGUGGAUUUGGGAUGGUCGAUCCACGAAGUUUGCUAUAGGGGAGCUCGACUGAGUCUUCGACCUCACCCUGGUUCUUGGAGUGAGAAUGGCGUUGUGGCCUAA